UGUGGUCUUUUGCGCCUUUUUGCGACCGCUGUUCCAAUGGUGGCUGGCUAUCAAAAUGGCACCCCGGGCGGCCAAGGUGCCAGCAACGGGGUCUCUGGAGUCUCCAUUGAUUUGCGCUCAGACACCGUGACCCAGCCCACCGCGGCUAUGCGGAAGGCCAUGGCGGAGGCGACGGUUGGAGAUGACGUUUUUGGUGAUGACCCCACAGUGAAAGAAUUGGAAGAGAAAGUGGCUUCCAUGUUGGGCAAGGAGGCAGGUCUAUUUGUUGCAUCAGGCACCAUGGGGAAUCUCAUUGCACUGGGUUGCCAUUGCUCAGGCCGAGGUGAGGAGGUGAUCUGUGGGAAAGACUCGCACAUCUUCUUCUACGAACAGGGAGGUGCUUCCAGUCUGAUGGGCAUCGUGCUGAACACGGUUCAGAACCAACCGGAUGGAACUCUGGAUCUGGACGAAGUGGCCAAAGUGAUCAAGCCAAAUGAUCCACACUUUGCAGUGGCAAAGGUGUUGGCUUUGGAGAACACCAGCAACAAAUUGGGAGGCCUGGUUCUACCCUUGGAGUACAUGGAAAAGGCUGGGGACUUCUGUGAACGUCAUGGCCUCAAGAUGCACGUGGAUGGUGCGCGUUUAUGGAACGCUGCGGUGGCCUUGAAGGUACCCAUCGCCCAGUUGGCUCGCAGGGCGGAUUCCGUGAACGUUUGUUUGUCCAAAGGUUUGGGCGCUCCAGUUGGAUCCAUCCUAGUAGGUUCCAAGGAGUACAUCCUCAAGGCCCGACGUUUGCGCAAGGCUGUUGGAGGUGGUUUGCGGCAGGUGGGCGUGCUGGCUGCUGCAGGGCUCUAUGCGCUAGAAAACCACUUUGAACGACUUCAGGAGGAUCAUGAGAACGCUGCACGAUUAGCAAGUGGUCUGCAGUCCCUGGGAUUGGACGUGCUCCCUGCACACACAAACAUUGUCUUCUUUGACAUGGAGGAGGCUCCAGUGAUCGUGGCGAAGUUGGCAUCACGAGGAGUGCGAAUUCUGUGCACAGACGGAGAGAAACGUUGCCGGGCUGUUGCGAAUCUUCACACGCAGGCGCCGGACAUAGAUUACUUCCUGGCCGAGCUGGCCGAAAUUCUCGGGAAGCCAAAGAAAUGACAUGCGUUGUUUGCGAGAAAAGCAAACUUUAUGUAUCUUAC